GGCAGUUCAAACAAGGGGACCUCGAUGAAAAAAAAAACCAAAAAUAAAUACACACAAUGAGCUCCCCAAAUUCAAUUGCUACCGCCAUUCUCGCAAACACCGGACAAUCACGGAACGAUUACUACGGUGGUGGCCUCGGUUUAGAAACCCCCUUGACAGGACGCUCACUCCUCAGCGUUAGCAUCGGCAACACCACGGAAUCUAUGGCUUCAUCCAUCGUCAGCCCUCGAACCCGAGGUCGAUGGGACCGACGAAUCAGCGACGUCGAAUCCGCCAGCAUGUACAGUCCUACAGCAGCAGCAGCACCACCAGCGCCACCAUCAUCUUCAUGGCUCACAGACGACGAUGACGAAGCCUCAGUCCGCUCAGGAGGACUCGACACCCGCCCCUUUCCAUCUUUCGGCCCAUCUUCGUCCAUAGCGCCUGACUCAUCCUUCUACAGCCAAAUCGGACGGUUUCAGGGUGUCCGGAACAGCGUCUCGCUUCCCCAACCAUGGCGAAGACGGAAAGAAUCUACAACUACGGGGUCUUAUACCACGUCAACUGAUAGUGACGACGAGGACGAGGACGACGAGGACGAAGACGCGUCAACCAUUAGUGGUAGCCGGCAUGAAGGACAACAAGAACAAGAACAAGAACAAGACGCCGCCGCCACCUCCGCCGCCGUUGAUCUUUUCUCUCAGCACCAGUUCAUCAUGCCCAAGCCUGAUGAGACUACUCCCCUGAUAGCAGCUGAUGAGGAAAACAAUUUGUGUUUUGGUGGUGGUGGUUACGAUGAGGCCUCCGCCUGCGUCAAGUGAGGGGAGGGAAGAGUGAAGAGGAUGACGAUGACUGGCAACGAAGUUCAUGAGGGUAGACGGCGGACGGGAUAGAGAAUAGAGGAUGGAAUAGAGGAUAGAUAUAGGCAAGGCGUUGGAGGG